CCUUUUUCCACCACUCUGGCAGCACUGCACACAAUCAGCUGAUUUACCGGCCUGUUUUUCGGCAAAUGUUUUCGUAACGCGUUUUUAAUUAAAAUUUAAUUGAAUUGACUGAAAAACGAUAUAGAUUAUAUUUAAAUCAUGUGGUCAAGGACUCACUGCCUCUGGCGCGGUGUGGGACGUGUUGGUCGCCAGAUAUGCGCGUCCAGCGUAACGCAGGCGCGCAUUUUCGCUGACCGGGAAAAUCAGUUCGCUCACGGCAUAUUAAUGGAUUCGCUGAAACCCUACGCAAUAGUGCGUCCACGCGACACCGUCUGGCAGGAUAUGCCCGCCUCGGAAGGCUUUAUGCGUCCGCAGGCAGAUGCCAAUCCCGACGAACUAUACGCAGACUUUCAGGGCCUGGUGAAGCAUUGCAACCGGCUGAAACUGCAGAUUAGCGAUGCCCGCUAUGACGCCUUCACCAGAACCUUUUGCGAGCAGCUUCAUCGGUUAACGGACGAACAGCUCCUGGGAUCGCUGAGCGCCUUGGCCGAGCUGCCCGACCCUGAAUCACCCAAAACGCACAACUACAUGGAGCUGUGGAACACUAUGGACAUCGAGUGCUGUCGCCGCAUUGAGCGCUGGUCUAGUAAACAACUGCUGCUAGUAAGCGAUGCCUGGUAUCGCCUGGGUCUGGUCAGGAUCGGCGAGUACGUGUGGCUGGCCCUUAAGAAGCUGGGCCGCAAGUUACGUAAACUGCCGCCAGAACAAUUGGUUCACUCCAUGUUUCUGUGCAAUCUACUACGCCGACCCGUCUUCGAGAUGUUUGACUUUGAGCUGAAUCUGGCCCGAUGCGUGGAUCAGAUGACCUUGUCCGAGCUGGGCGUCAUGGCCAUGGGCUUCUUUAAAACCCAGACGCCUAUCAGAAAUCCGGAACUGCUAACGCAAAUCUACCAGCGGCUGGGCAAAGAACUGGAUACUGUGGAGGACAUCGCCUUGGUGGCACUGCUGAAGGUGCUGCGCUACAGCAGCAAGUUACCCCACGUUGAGCCGCUCAAGACGUUGCUCAUCCAACUAGAGUCGCAAGUGGAACGCGUUUCGUUGCUUACCUGCCUGCACAUGGCUCUUCUUGGUUGUGAACUGCAGACCUGCAAUGAUUCGCUAGUGGAAAGCAUUCUGCUGAGAUUCGAACGUGAAUUGGACUCCUCCCGCCUGAAGGACAUGGAGCGUAUCUGUCUGGUAAUGGGACUGUUUAAUAUUACCACAAUAUCAGGAGUGGAACGUCGCUUGGCGGACAGGCUGCCCGAUUUGCUUCGUCAGCGGAUGGAGGAAAUUCUGCGCCAUCCUCGUUGCUUUACCAACUGCCUGCAGUUUCUAACAAUGCGCGGUGUUUACGAUUUGGAGCUUCUUGGCGUGGCUCUGCAGCCGCGAUUCGUGCACCAUGCCUACCCCAGCGGACUGCCCGGACGGGAAUACUUUCACCUGGACAGCUUUGCUCGUCUUCUAGGCCAGGAGUACGAAGGCCCACUGAUUACGGAUCGUCAGCGGCAGCAGAUGGGUCGCCUCUACACACAGUACAUCCCCCAGCGGGACGGCCGUUUCAAAUUAAACAGCACCGAUCGCAUUCUAGUAGAAAUUCAGGAUGCAAUCUCUCUAAUUCACCGCCCAGUGACCUUCAAGCAUAUCCUGCCGCAUUACGAUCGAUGCGAUUUAGUGCUCUGUUACGACCAUCAGCAGAAGAAGGCUGUGCCCUUGAAUGUGGAGGCCUGCGUGGAUUACAGCGGAGAGAUUCUAACCCGCAAGCAUUUGCUGGGCGAGACCAAGGCGGCGGAUGACCAGGUGGCCACUGUGGUCAUUGUGAUAGCGGGAUGGAACAACGUGAUUCGCGAUAAGGAGCGAUUCACUGGGCAAAUGGAUAUGAAGUUAAGGCAGCUAAAGCAGUUGGGACAUCAGCCGCUGGUGAUCUAUUGGUACGAAUGGCGUGAACUGGAAACAUCUGCCGACCGCCAGGACUUUAUCAGACGGCGUCUUAGCCAAGUGGCCAAGAUUUAG